GGCCAUCUGCUCUCGGUUAUUUUUGUGUUAGCCGCUUCCCCUUAAAUGUAUGUUCACAAAUGAGCCACAGCCUUAUCAGCUGGGGUCAAGGGAAGACGGGUAUAGGUGCUGCUCCUGAACUUGCUCUCUGAGCCAUGGCUUCCCACAGACACUCAGGUCCCUCCAGCCACAAGGUGGGCACCAUGGCUGAGAAGUUUGACUGCCACUACUGCAGGGACCCCCUGCAGGGGAAGAAGUACGUGCAGAAGGAUGGCCGCCACUGCUGCCUGAAGUGCUUUGACAAGUUCUGCGCCAACACCUGCGUGGAGUGCCGCAAGCCCAUCGGCGCGGACGCCAAGGAGGUGACCUAUAAGAACCGCUACUGGCACGAUACCUGCUUCCGCUGUGCCAAGUGCCUUCACCCCUUGGCCAGCGAGACCUUUGUGGCCAAGGACAACAAGAUCCUGUGCAACAAGUGCACCACUCGGGAGGACUCCCCCAAGUGCAAGGGCUGCUUCAAGCCGAUCGUGGCAGGAGAUCAAAACGUGGAGUACAAGGGGACCGUGUGGCACAAGGACUGCUUCACCUGCAGCAACUGCAAGCAAGUCAUCGGGACUGGAAGCUUCUUCCCUAAAGGGGAGGACUUCUACUGCGUGACUUGCCACGAGGCCAAAUUUGCCAAGCACUGCGUGAAGUGCAACAAGGCCAUCACAUCUGGAGGAAUCACUUACCAGGAUCAGCCCUGGCAUGCCGAGUGCUUUGUGUGUGUUACCUGCUCUAAGAAGCUGGCUGGGCAGCGUUUCACCGCUGUGGAGGACCAGUAUUACUGCGUGGAUUGCUACAAGAACUUUGUGGCCAAGAAGUGUGCUGGAUGCAAGAACCCCAUCACUGGGUUUGGUAAAGGCUCCAGUGUGGUGGCCUAUGAAGGACAAUCCUGGCACGACUACUGCUUCCACUGCAAAAAAUGCUCCGUGAAUCUGGCCAACAAGCGCUUUGUUUUCCACCAGGAGCAAGUGUAUUGCCCCGACUGUGCCAAAAAGCUGUAAAGUGACAGGGGCUCCUGUCCUGUAAAAUGGAAUUGAGUCUUGUUCUUUGUGUCCUCGCCCUCUGCCCUGCACCAUCCACAGGGAUAGAGUGGCCUUUCACCUCUUCAAAGUUGCUCCUUCUGUCUUUUCUCCCAUUUUACAGUAUCACUCAAAUAAGGGCGCACAGUGAUCAUAUUAGGAUUUAGCGAACAGCGACGUCGCAGCCAAGUUCAUUUCUCCAUAGCUGCAGUUAAAACCGAACACUUAGGUAGAUUGACUCUUCUGCAUGUUUAUCAUAGAGCAGAAAAGUGCUGACCAUUUAGCCGCUUAGUGAUGUAAGCAAGAAGCGUAAGAGAUGAAGCCCCCACUGAGAUGCCUCUCGUGGCUCAGCUGGGACCCCCCGUGUCGGCGGGACACGCAAGAGUUGCAGCGGCUGCUCCAACUCGGCUGCUCACCCUUUCCGUGAGCAGAAAGAGAACUUACUGAAAUGCAUGGUUUAACUUCCUCAUCAAACCUCCCUUCUGUUCUUUUGUGCUUUCAAAUGACUAAUCCGAAUUUCCAGAAAAGUAACAUUUGAACUUAGCUGUAAUUCUAAACUGACCUUUCCCCUACUAACACUUGAUUUCCCCGUGUGGCGUGUUUUCUGAGAGUUCCGACCUUCAAGCAUGGAACGUGCAGGUGAUUUGGGAAGUGUAGGCAGAUCUGAGAAAACGACCCUGUGUCAGAGGAACAUCGUCACAGCGAAUACUUCUGGAAGCUUAACAAAACUAACCCAGCUGUCCUUUUUCUUUUUUUUAAUUAGUAAUGUUUUUGUUUUAAUUAAUAGCAACGUAGUUUAUGGGUUUGGAGACUUGCAUGAAAAUAUUUUAUCCCCCCCCCAAACGUUCCUGCGGUUUUGAAGUUCAUCCUACAGAAGAAACCAUAAAACUCUAGAGGAGUAGCUGAGCAGGCACCAGGACUGUCAUUGACACGGGUAUGACAUCUCCCAACAGUGACGAGUUGACUCCCUUGUAACAUAGUAGUUGUCUGCUCUGUGUCCGUGUGUUGAGGAGGCCUGCUAAGUCCCUUCUCUCGUGAUUCUUAGGACUGUCCCUCAGGAGCUUAGCUGGAUCUCGGGGGGAGUAGGGAGGCCGCCGUCCUCAUAGGCAGAACCGGAUUUCCACGUAGUGCUCCCCUGGGAUCAGGAGCACCCACUUACUGUAUUCUGUCUCCAUUGUUAUAUGCCAUAGUAAACAUGUAAUGACAGUACAUAUUAACAUUCUCGUAGGAGUGGGUAGAGAAGCCGAUGCCUCAUUUCUACAGUUUGUCAUUAGCUAUCAUCAUCUAACUUUUCAGUGUAUCCAUACAGAAAUAAAGCAGCAUAAUCAAUAA